CAUAUCGUCAUGAGAUACUUGAUGUUCCCAUGGCAACCAAAAGAGAAGCAAUCGUCUGCCCUGGGCAUUGUGGUUUCCAGAAUAAGUUAAAAGGAGAUGCUCAGGUGUUGUACCCUAAGCCUGUGAAGACGGUGUGCCCAAAUGCCUCUUUGCGUAACUGGAAUACCACCUUGUCUGAGCGCAAUGCUAACAUGUUACGCAAUCUGGAGAAAGCGCAGUGGCUCACCUCAUACCAGCUACACUACACAGGCACUGGGCCCAGCAACCCCAUUAAACUGGACGAUUUCUAUGAGAAGACAAUUGCCGUGAUUACUGGAGAAAUGAACCCUCUUACAACGCAGCUGAGGGAACGAUCCUUUCCUACUUUCAUUCCUUCUCGACCACUUGAAGGACGCAAAGCCAGAGUUCUGAAAAGCCCCUAUGCUCCGCUUCCAUCUCCUCCUGCCACCUCUGAGCUGGGCUUGGACCCGCCCGUGACUGCUCAGAAAUGUGCUCAACGGAAAGAUCAUGUGCCACAUAGUUUAGAGUCGGAGGCAUACAAAACUGAGCAGGUCACUGAAUCAAAUCAAAGCUAUGAGGAUACUAGAUCAGUUCCUGGGUUUGGAAGCAUGCCCGGACGUUCUGAGAGGUCUGGCCUGAGAUGUAGAGAGACUCCAUCUACAGAUUGCCGAUCUUUUGAUGAAAAUAUUCGAACAAUGAAAUCCCAUCUUGAGAAAAGGAAUAAAUAUUUAUCAAAAGGCCUCCAGCCCAGAAGCUUUAAAGGAGCAAAGACUGAUCUUCGACCACGCUCCACCCUGCUUGAGGUCCAGGACUCCUUCAGGAAAAGUGAAGCUCAUCGGCGCUUCCGUCAGUCCAUCAAGGACACAGAAGUUGACUUGCGUGACAAUCAUUACACUGGGAGAAAACACACUUUCUGUGGUUUCAACUCCUAUUACUUCCAUAACUGAUGUGAACAGAGAUAAAACAGGAGGGUUAUGCAAUUGUGUGUGUUUGUGGAGUGUGUGGAGUUCUUAUUAUCAAAUUAA